AUGGGCAAUACGGAGACACGGGAUUUGAUAGAAGAAGUGAGAAACUGUCUGCAAGAAAACCGGCGCUUGACAGAUUUCGACGAUGUCUGGGCCACCGGAUUUUGGGACGAAAUUAAGAAAAUAUUACCAUCCGAGCAAAACGGAAGCAGUAUAAUAAUCACGACCAGAAAGAAUGAAGCCGAGGAACCUUUCACCAGAAUUGCCUUCCAUGGUGAUGAAUGCCCACAAGACUUGCGACUAUUGUCUGAUGAAAUAAUCGACAAAUGCAAAGGGUUGCCACUGGCUAUCACGACCAUUGGGAGUCUUCUUUCAAAAACAAAUAUAGACAACGAUGAUGUCAGCACCAAGUGGCAAAAUGUGCAUAAAAACCUAAGUCGGCUCUUGGCUAAUGAUACUGAUGCUGGCCGGGUGUUGAACACGGUCAUACUCAUCCGUUUAUGGAUUGCAGUAGGGUUUGUCAAAGAAAACCCAGAGAGGCCGGAAGAAAUCGGAAGGAAACACCUCCAAGAGCUGAUAAACAGAAGCUUGAUUCAGGCUACAGUGGUUGAUUGUGAUGGCAAAGUUAGAAGUUGCAGAGUUCAUGACAUGAUGCGCGGGUUCAUCUUACAAAAGUUUGAAGAGAUGAACUUCUGUCAACUUUUUGACGAUGCUGGCAGCUCGGACUUAAACUCUUCAGACUCACCACGACGAUCAUCCAUUCAAAAGGAUUACAGAGAAAAUGAGCUUCAAGGGGUUAUUUCAGAUCCUGGCAAGCUAAAGAAGCUAGGUAUCACCAGACUAAGACGUCAUAAUGGAAGAGAUUUAUACAGUAGAGUCUUUAACCGCCUUACCUCACUGUGGAUAGGAGCAGUGGACGAGAAUGAAUUUCUAGAGCUAGACUCGUUAACCAACCCUCCAAGGCACCUUGAACGACUUUACUUGGAGGGUCGUUUGCAGAGCUUGCCAAAAUGGAUUCCCAGACUCAAAAAGCUAGUGAAGCUAUGCUUUUACGGCUCAGGAAUAACGGAUGAUCCUAUAGAUUCUGUUAAAAGACUUGAAUGA